CGCCCGCCCCUUUCCCCCGCCCCUUCCGCCGCGGCCAUGGCGGAACCGGUCGGGCCGUUUCACCUGCUGCGAGCCGCGCCGGGCCGAUUUCUCUGCUACUGCGGGCCUGACGGCGCCGUCUAUGUGACCGACGCGAUGGAGGUCUGGGCCGGGGAGCUCGGCGACGGCCCGGCGCUCGGCUGCCGGUGCCCGCCGGAGGAGCACGGCGCGAUGCUCAGGGCCGCCCUGGGUCACGGGGCCGCCGCGCUGAGCCUGGGCCCGGGUUCGGCCACGCUGCGGCUGCCGGAGGAGCCGCGGUGCCCGGCCCUGGCCCUUGCCCAGCUGCCCGCCGCCGAGGCGCGCAACCAGCUGCGGGCGCUGGUCUUCGGCAUGGCCGGCUGCAUCGAGAGCCUGGAGAGGCGCCUGGAAGUAGCAGUGGAGACGUUGGCAUCUUCCUGCAGCCCCGAGAAGAACGCUGCCCGGAGCCAGCAGCUCUUCCUGCCAGGUAGGCGCUGCCAGGGGCACCUGCCCUGGUCCUGCAGUCUUGUGUCUUCUCCUCCCUGGAGGCUGCUGGUCCUGUAUCCAUGUGCUCUCCAGGACACUCGGAGUGCCCUCGGCUGUGGCUGCUGGCAGCCACCCAUUGUCCUGGUGCUGUUCCGGGCAGAGCAGGGGCAGGGCUCAAUGUGGUGGCUCUCGGGGUGUUUGGGAUGCUCAGGUCAAAGGCUGGGCAUUGCCAGCCUCAGGAGGGCAGGCUUUGCUGUGCUUCUGGACUGGAGGCUGUGGCAGGUCCAUGGCUCCUUUUGGGAGAGGAGGCCAAGUUUGGCUCUUCCUUGUGCUCUGUGGCUGCUGGUCCUGCCAGGCUGGGCUCCCGCAGGCUCCCUCUGGCCCUGGAGGGACUGGCAGGGCUGCCAGAGCUCUUGGCUCACCUGUGAUCUGUGUCCUGCUUGUUCCUGACCGAGGCAGAUCCCAGCCCCAGGAAGAGUAAGGCUUCUGGCUCAGCUUUGCCAGCCAAGAGGAAGGUCCCGGGGGAGUCUCUCAUUAACCCUGGUUU